CAUCUCCUCUGGUAUUCUGGAUGCCCUUGUGUUGAAUAUAUAUUUAAAAAUAAAUAAAUAAAUCCAAAGAAGGAACAUAUUGCAAUUUUUUUCGUUUUGCGCAAGGAUUAAUUUACCCACCGUCCUGCUCUCAACAUUGUGCUUGGUCUCCUUGCAAAGGGUCACUCUUGGGAAAAUAGACCCAAUCUUGUGGCACUCCUGACACACUUGGAAGAUUUGUGGACUGCGGAGGUUUGGUGAAUUGGGACACGCGGACGGACAACUGCGGUUUUUAUGCGUGACUGAAGACCACAAACACGGACUGUUGCUGCAAGAACUGACGGAGAAAUAACAAACAAUCAACUCAAAACAUGAGCUGCGCAAUGUUGCGACACGCGCUCGCUUUGCUCCUGGCGUUGCUCUGGAAAGGGACCAGCGGAGCUCAGGCGGCCGAGUUCGGACACUUGCCCGACAACAUUACCGUCCUGGAAGGAGAGAGCGUGGUUUUGAGAUGCAAGAUAGACGAGGAGGUCACUCACAAGGCGUGGUUGAACCGCUCCAACAUCUUAUUUACGGGCACAGAUAAGUGGUCUCUGGACUCCCGCGUCUCUCUGGAGAACAACAACAACAGCGACUUCUCCAUUAGGAUUGAGAGAGUGAUGGUGGCGGACGAGGGACCCUACACAUGCAGCUUCCAGGCUAGAAACCAGCCCCGGACGGCCCACGUCUAUCUCAUCGUUCAGGUGCCGGCGCGGAUAGUGAACAUCUCGCAGGAUAAAUCUGUGAAUGAGGGCGAAGAUGUCAACUUGUUUUGUCUGGCGGUUGGCAGACCAGAGCCCACCAUCACCUGGAAGGACUUUAAAUACGGUCUCCUGAGCGAAGGAGAGUUUCUGGAGAUCACAGAAAUCAAGCGGCAUCAAGCGGAGGAUUUUGAAUGCAUCACCAAUAACGGCGUGGCGCCUCCAGACACACGCAAGGUCAAGGUUACUGUCAACUAUCCACCAAUAAUCACAGAUGUAAAGAACAUGCCUGCCCAGGUUGGAAAAACUGCAAUCUUGCGCUGUGAAGCCAUGGCGGUGCCCACCGCAUCCUUUGAGUGGUACAGAGACGACCGCAGGCCGGUAGAGAGCGAUAACACGCUGAAGAUUAAAAACGAGAAAACACGAUCCCUGCUGCUCUUCACCAACGUCACAGAAAAACACUUUGGCAACUACACCUGUUUCGCCUCCAACCGCCUCGGGGCUUCCAACGCCAGCAUGCUUCUCUUCAGUGAGUACACUAUUGCAGACACUCCAAAACUCUCCCAAACAUUCGCAGAUCUACAAAAGGCAGCAAGUCAAGGAUAA